AGCGUGGGACUAAAUGGGCUUUUGCUUCUGAUGUUUCUCCAUUUGGUCGCUUCAACGUGGAAUUGAAAUGGACUCGCCUGCGAUAAGCGCCGGUGAAUUGGUGACGCUACAAGAGCUGAAUCCGUCUUCACCGCUAUUUAAGCAGGGAGCAUCAUUUAGGGUAACUGGAAAGCUGCAAGAGUAUGAUCUGGAGACAGCAGUGGUUGCAAUUCUCGAUGGAGAUGCUAGCCUAAAGGUUGAUACAAAGCACAUACAGCUCAAUUUCCGCAAGGGUUCGAUGUAUCAGUUCAUUGGAGAACUGCAUGUUGAACCUAAUAAUGAGGCAAUUCUAAAGGCUAGAGUGGGUAGAAAUGUUGAUGGAUUGGACAUGAACCUCUACCGGCAAUCUCUGAAGCUCUUGAGAGAUUUUCAAGCUGAGUCCAGAAGUAAUCCUUUAGCUUAGAACACUACUAUGACUGCUUAAAGCAAGACUCUUCAUAUGAAUCAGUGUCAUCUACCGAGUGCCCAGCCUCCCACAAGUCAUACAGUCGCGAGACAGUUGAACCGUUAGCUGAACUUCAUAAAAAUGUACAACUUCACUUCAAUGCUUCCUUCUUGAUCUUUUUCUUGAGAUUGGCAUGGAUCCCUCUUUGAGGGAUUUUCAUUAUGUGUGAAGAAACAAGAUUGAUCAACUAGUCAUUCACCAGUGAACAACUUUGUAGCCUGGAUUGUCUUUGAUAUGAGGGUUGGCUUUCAUUCCCUA